AUGAAAGACGACAUCGCCGACGCCGACGCUUUACGCCUGGCGCAGCUUGGCCAUGCGCAAUCUUUUGAACGGCAGUUCAGUCGCUGGACGAUGCUGGGGCUGUCCUUCGCUAUCUUGAACUCAUGGACUGCGCUGGCGGCGUCGUUGUCGCUGGCUCUGCCCUCUGGUGGAACGGUCUCUGUGAUUUGGGGACUGGUGACUGCAGGCAUCUGCAACUUCAGUCUGGCGGCGAGUCUGGCGGAGAUGCUGAGCGCGUUCCCGACGAGUGGAGGGCAGUAUCAUUGGGCCUACAUGAUCGCGCCUGCGUCCAUCAGGCGCGGGACAGCCUGGGCCACUGGCUGGAUCAACAUGUCAGGAUGGGUUGCUCUCGUAGCGACGAACAGUUCACUAGCCAGCACCUUGAUCAUCAACAUGAUCAGCUUACUUCAUCCUGGGACCUACGAAUACCACCGCUGGCACCAGUUCUUGAUCUAUCUCGGCAUCACAUCCACCUCCUUCGCUGUGAACGCGUUCAUGCAGAAGUUGCUGCCGCAAGUCAAUGGUGUAGCUUUGGCGUGGAGUAUCGCUGGCUUCAUGAUCAUCUCCAUCACCGUACUGGCCUGCGCAGCACCAGAUUAUGCCACUGGGGAGUACGUAUUCGCUACAUGGAUCAACGAGACCGGCUGGCCGGACGGCAUCGCUUUCCUACUCGGCUUACUGCAAGGCGGUCUCGGACUCACCGGGUUUGACGCUGUAGCACACAUGAUUGAAGAAAUCCCCGAUGCGGCACUUGAAGGGCCAAAGAUUAUGCUCUAUUGCCAGUACAUUGGCAUCAGUACCGGACUCUGCUUCCUAAUCGUCGUCCUCUUCGUCAGCGGCGGGAUGCAAAACACAGACAGAAUCAUUGAAUCCGGCGCUGGUCCAUUGCUGGAAAUAUUUUACAUUGCCACAAACAGCCGCGUGGGUGCGGUAUGCUUGCUCAUGUUUCCGCUAAUCUGCUUCAUCUUCGCCGGCAUCUCAGUGCUUACCACCGCGUCACGCAUGACGUUCGCUUUUGCCCGGGAUGGGGGUCUACCUAUGUCAGCUACCUGGUGGAAAGUCCACCCAAAGCUCGGUGUCCCUCUCAACGCUCUCUACUUGGACUGCUUCGUCGUGCUCAUCUUCGGCUGCAUCUAUCUUGGCUCGAGCGUGGCUUUCAACGCCAUCAUUUCCGCCUCCGUCACUGCAUUAGGAGUCAGCUACGGCAUUCCGGUCUUCCUGAACGUCAUUACGCUCCGACGAAAGUUGCCUGAACGACGCUUUAGUCUACCUGCAGGGAUCGGCUGGGCAGCGAACAUCAUUGGACUGGUGUACACGAUCAUAACGACGGUGCUGUUCGUGUUCCCGCCCUUUUUGCCGGUGACAGGGACGUCGAUGAACUAUUGCAUCGUGGCUUUCGGGAUCAUCUUGAUUAUUUCGGGGUUUCAAUGGAUUGUGGAUGGGAGGAAGAACUUUGAGGGGCCGAGGAUUACGAUCGAUCAGAGUGCGCAUCGGGAGUCAUUGACUUGA